AUGCGGUCCUGUCCACAGGAUCGCCGGCGGCUCGGUAGUGGCAAGGCCGAUUUCAACUUCAUCUCCCGGUUCCGGCACGAAAUGCGGAAGAACCAUCGGAAGGGUGUCAGCAGUCGCCGUCAGAAGGCGCCCGCGAUACAGUUGGAACUUGUCGGAAUGUAUGGCGAACAGGGAUGCCUCAGUCACUUUGGCGUCACAGAUAACAUACACGUUAUGCGGUAA